UCCUCGUAUUACCUAUUGCCCAGCAAAAAAGCGCAUGCAUGCCCCCUCAACCCACCCCUGCAACCGCGCCAUGUGGCGAUGAUGUUUAUGCCAAUUUAGAAGUUCAGCUCCGAAGCAACCCACUAUUGUCAUGUUGUCAGCUUAGUCGAAGAAGAAAGGAACAUUCAGGCAACACUGCAGGGCUGCUCUAGAUGGCUCUAGAUGUGACAGAUGGGUUAGGACGGCAUCUCGCACUCCGCGCCAUCCAUUUCCAUUGCAAUGAUGGUACGGAGUAAAUAGAAAAAGAACCCCGUCUUCCCCGACCUCCUGUUCCAAAUGUCCUGUCUCUCUACGGCCGUCUCGUCAACCGUGUCACUCGCUUUUCACUCGCUUCAGUUAAUCGCAGCGUCAAUAAUACCCUAAUAGUAAUUCGCCACCAUGCUGUCCCCGAAAGCCGCCGCUCUCUUCAACCUAGUCCUCCUGGCCUCUGCAGCCCCUGGAAAGCGCCAGUCCACUGGGACCGGAUCUUGUACCGACCUGCACCUCUUCGUCGGCCGAGGAUGGAAUGAGGGAUACCCAGGUCGUCAUCAGUCCCUCAUUGACGCCACCUGCAACGGCCUUGUUAGCUGCGACUACGAAGAUAUCCGGUUCGACGCUACCAACGCCAACGGCUACGCUAGAGCGGUUGAGCAGGGCCGCGCCUCGGGCGUCUCUCAGAUCAGGGCGUACGUCGCAAAGUGCCCCAACUCCAAGAUCGUCGUGAGCGGCUACAGCGAGGGCGGCAACGUUGUUGCUAACAUCCUGGCCGAUUCCGGACUUACCCCCGGAGCUGCUCCCGGAAGCAAGAUCUGCGCCGCUACUCUUUUCGGUGAUACGACGCACGUUGCCAGCCAGAGCUACAACGUCGGAGCCGGAGCAGCCUACAGCGGCACCAUGGCCCGCUCCGCCUCGUCUUUGCGCAACAUGAACCAGUUCGCUAGCGUCUUGCGUUCCUGGUGCAACGGCGAUGAUGGUGUCUGCGCGACGACCUCGGGCAAUGACGGCGGCGAGGCUGCCCACACCAACUACUUCCAGCUAUAUUCCAACGAUGCCGCCGCCUUUAUCAAGGAGAAGUGCCCCGUCCCCACCGCGACCGCCACCUCCACAGUCCCUGCCCCCACCGCGACCGGCUCUGUCUGUGUCGGCGGCACGGUCAAGUCUGGUCUGUCGGACAGCUACCUUGGUCUCUGCAGCUUCUCGUGCUCCAACGGAUACUGCCCCGACGGUGUGUGCCAAUGUUCCACCUUCGGCCAGCCGACGACGCCGCCCGCCGGUGACGGACGCGAUGGCUGCCCUGCCGAUGGGCUGGACGAGAGCUACAAGGGGCUCUGCAGCUUCAGCUGCAGCCACGGCUACUGCCCGGAUGGUGCCUGCAAGUACUGCUAAGCUGUGAGUGGCUUGCAUGGAGAGUGUGGUCUAGCAUACCGCCUAGAAGUAAUAACGCCCAGCCCACCGAGGCCAUGGUUAAUUAAUACAUGAAGAUUUGAGCAGCGCUUGCUGUCUUUAGCCGCCAGUAGUCUGCUAUGAAGUGCAUUGUGAAGACAUGCCUGUCCACGACCUGCUAGAAG